GUGUACUCUUGGAAGCUCGCGAAUGAAUGUUUGAUCCAAUCUGGACACGCCCGAAAACUUCGUCUAUUUCUGUGCCAGCCAUGACCUAGAGCCUCUUUACGACAUCACGACGGUGCAUCCAUUGAAUUAGGUAGGGAAUAUUUCGCUGCUGCCUUGCAGCCAUUACGCUUUGGCUAUUUGUGCACCGUUUCUCAAGGUGGUUGGAUUGACAUCCAUUACACUCAAAUCGAGUGACCGGAUAUUCUCCGGACAUCAACAUCCGGCUCUCCUCGACACCCGGAUUCACCAAUAUAUACUUGCGCAUCUCACAUCUCGACACCAUAUCCCUUGCAAAGCAAAUCAAAAACAUAUCACACAAUGGUCGCUUCAAUACCCAACGACAUCUUCCAAUUCGGCACCACCGCCGCCACAGCUGCCGGCUUCAGUCAAGGCCAACCAUGUACAGCAGACCUCACAUCCCACGGCACCGACGGCAUCGGCAGCUAUGAAGACGGACGUCUCAUGAUCCUGAAUAACGGCGAAGCCUACGCCCUCUCAAGUGACAACAAAGCCACCCCAGCACCUAUGGACACCCGUCUCCCUUUCGCAAUGGUCACCAUCUUCCGCCCCACAUUUCGCAUGGAAGUACCAUCCCUCGACAUGGAGAGUCUAGAUGAUCUGUUCUCGAGUCCAAGAUUGGCGCAUGCGAGGGCUGUGAAUACGCUUGCGCCGUUCAAGGUUGUGGGCAUGUUCAAGUUUGUGGAGUUCGUGGAUGGCGGGGAGCAGCAUGAUAAGAAGGGCAUUGUUUUUGGGUAUGUAGUGCCGACGUGGAUGAAGGGAAUUUGUGGGCCGAGGAUACAUGCUCACUUCUUGGCUGAUUCGGGGGACGUUGGUGGGAAGGUGGUGAAUUUUGAGACGGAUGUUGCUACUUUGAGCUUUGCGAAGACGGGGAGGUUUCAUUUGGGAUUCUCGAAGAGUCAGGAUUGGGAGGAUGUGAGGUUGUAAGAUCAAUCCGCGAGAUACACUGGCGACGAUCUACUCGAAUCAUCCCUGGCGCAAUCUGCGCCGCGCAUUGCGUGUGUUACCGCCGUAACGUGCAACGGUAGUUUGGUUGCAUUUGGGCUUGCUUUGAAGAAAUCCAGAAACAUUCGCACCGUGUACCGGGGUCAUGGCAACAGGGUCGUACGGUACUGGCGGGCAUGCAGGUGCGUGCUUACCAGCUUUUGGCGUACGAUGGGCUAACCUUUUGCGAAAGCCUCUGACACCACGAGAAGAUUGCUAGACUUGCAGGAGUAUAUGAAAGUCAACCCUUCCGCAGACCGAUCUACAUCUGGAGGUUAGAUAUUGUCAAGCAUGGCUACACAAGUGCCAUCCAUAGAAUCUGGC